UUAGUUGCGGUUGAGAAAAUAUCACAGCUACAAUAGUCAAAAUGAAAAUCGAUCAUAGAUAACAAAUAAAUAAUUACCAGAAACGUAGAAAUAUUUAUGUUUGUUGUACAUACUAUAACCAUUUAUAUUCGUUCAUUAAAUUGGAGAAGAGAAAUAGUUUUAGGAUUGAAUACUUAAAUUAUUGGCAUUCAUCCGUUUUUAUUACCCGUUGACUCGUUAGUUUUUUCAAAAUGUUUGAGAAGGUUAUCUUUUUUAUUUCAGUAUUCAGCUUCGUAUUAAUCACAGUAUAUAACGCUCCUGAAAGCAUUUACCGUCCUAAUUUACCUUGCGGACCAUACAAAUGCAGUUUCAAAGCGUUGUUUAAGUGUAAUGAUACAAUUAAUUAUUUGAUCAAUCAUAAUUUGCAUUUUACGAAACUCUCCUACAAUAAAACAGCUGUGGAUGGAAACGUAACGUUUUCUAUUCCAUUUGAUGAUUCAUUAACAUUCAACGUAAAUAUGGCGGUUUGGUCACAAAUAGGAGGUUGGAAAGAUAAUUACUUUAUAUUAAGUUAUCCAAAGGCUUGUUCUUCUAUGAAAUUUUUUUGUGGAAGUACUAAUUGGGAAACUUUACGUAGGCGCCUAAAAUCUUCAGAUUGCCCAAUAAAAACAGGCACUUACCAAUUUAACAGCGUAGAUACAGAUUUUUAUAAAAAACUCAACUUACCUAAAGAAUUUUUCUAUGGAAGAUACAAAUUCAAAUUGUAUUACACAAACCAAAAGAAUGAUGUUGUCUUUUGUAUAAAUGCUGUUUUUGAUAUGAUAAGGCCAUGGGAGUAG